GGCAGCAGGGAUGAUGCUGCUUUACAUCCAUGAUAUUACCUUGUGAGCAGGUUGCAAGCUAGCAAGCAGUGCAGAGCAGCUAUCAGGGGAUGUGAUAUCCGUGUCAACACAGGCUGAGGACUCCAGUGUGUUUUUAUCGGCUCUACACAAGCGGGACUCACUCCCAAACUUUGGCGAAAUGACGACCCGCUCGGAGAGAGAAAAAGCCCAGAAACUGAACGAGCAGCAUCAGGUCAUUCUGUCUCAGCUGCUGAGGGAGGAAGAAAACAAACACUGUGCUGACUGUGAGGCGAAAGGUCCUCGAUGGGCCUCAUGGAACCUCGGGGUGUUCAUGUGCAUCCGCUGUGCCGGCAUCCAUCGCAACCUUGGUGUCCACAUCUCCAGAGUCAAGUCUGUCAAUCUGGACCAGUGGACACCUGAGCAGAUCCAGAGUAUGGUGGACAUGAGCAACAGAAGGGCAAAGCUGCUGUACGAAGCUCACCUGCCGGAGAACUUCAAGCAUCCGCAGACAGACCAAGCAGUGGAGGUCUUCAUCCGGGACAAAUACGAGAGGAAAAAGUACUACGACAAGGAGGCGCUGGCUGCAGCUACAGCGAAGUCCUCUGAAGCUGCUGCAGCCUCCAGCCCACCGUCCUCCCAGGCUGACAGGAGCAGACAGGAGAAGGAGCGUGAGAAGAAAAAAGAGAAGGAUGGUAAUUCAGCGGACAAGCACAAUAACAUUAAGAACAGAGCCAGUCCAAAGGAGUGCACAGAGCCAGCUGUGGACCUGCUGGGCCUGGAUCCUCCAGAGGGCGGUGGGAAUGGCUCGGGUGGUGCUUCACCAAACAACAAGGACCUGGACAUCUUUGGACCAAUGGUGUCCAACCCUCUCCCCUCCUCCAACAACACGCAGCAGUCUGCUUCCAGUCCAGCCCCUCAGCAGGCGGACCCCUCCACCUCCUCCUCUGCGUCCUCCUCUACCUCCACUGCCACCACCACGAAGGCUGAGGAGAAGAAGCUUUUGUCUAAAGACUCCAUCCUGUCUUUGUACGCCAGCAGCUCAGUGGCCAGUCAGCCGCAGAGCCAGCAACAGCCUGUGACAGGACAAGCGGGAAUGUUCGUGGGCCAGCCUCAGAUGCAGUUCACUCCACAGGGUUUCACUCCAGGGAUGGGCGGGGGGGCCAUGAUGUCCGGCAUGGCCGUGCCUAACGGCGGCUACAUGGGCAUGCAGCAGCAGGGGGGGAUGUUAGCCAACCAAGGGCAGCAGCAAGGACAGUGGGGCAUGAACCAGAUGACCCAGCAGAUGUCAGGCAUGGCAGUGAGUGGACAGUCAGGCCCCCCCGCGGCCGGCUGGCCUGCAGCCGCGCCGCCAGCUUCUGGCCAGACCCUCAGCACUCAGCUAUGGAAGUGAUGAAGAGGGGCUCUGGAGAAGGAGUGAGGAAACAGAGUGCUGUCUAAUUGCAGCAAAUUAAGCUCCUGACCCACCGUCUCCUCACAGCCCAGAAUUUAAAAAACGCACAGUGGGGGUACCUCCAUACCCCCCCAAAACCUUACACACAUCCAUGAUUCCUGUAAAGAUAGAAGAAAAAAAGAAAAGAGGAGAAAGGUCUAGCUGCAGAGCUCCAGGCUGGAGACCAAAGUGAUGUCUGCAUCUAUUGCUCCAAAUACAAUCUCCACUAAUAACACCGAGGUCAACGAUUCAACCUUAACAUUUCAGUAAAGCUAACUUAUUAAAGUCGCAAAGCAAUUAAUAUGCUCAUGUCAUUCAUUUAAUUUGUUUCCUGCAUUAAGAUUCCGCAUUGUCUCCCUGUGGUUCUGCUGGCGUUAAUGUUUUUUGAUACUAUUAGCAUAUCUAGCUAAUGUUAGCUAAUGCAUAAGGUUAAUACGUUACUGCCUUAAGGUUACAAUAUUUAAUUUGAUAAGUUUCAGUAAUAUCUAACAGUUGAGAUUUAAUUUUUUGCAAAAGUUAUUACAUUCUUUUAAAAUUGUUCCUGUUUUGCAAACGUUUAUGUCAGUUUUUGACCAUAUUAGCCUGGCAAGCUAAUGUAAGCAAACUCAUAAGGUUAGUAAGAUAUUUGCUGCUUAUUGUUAGUUAUUUCAUUCCACAGGUUUUAGUUACAUUUCAAUUUCAAAGUGAGUUUGUUUGCUAAAAUUAUUACAUUAAGCUUUUUGCAUUAUUUCCGGUCGUUUUUGCUAACGUCAAUGCUAGUUUACUGACCAUAUUAGCGUAGCUAGCUAACGUUGGCAAACCAAUAAGGUUAAUGAGUCACUGCUUAAUGUUAGCUUACUUCAUUUUAUAAGUUACACUCAUGGAAAUGUUAAGGUUGUGUUGUUUCCUAGAUUAAAAAGUGUAUUAAUGUACACCCAGUGGGCUUAUCUGUUUAUGAAUGAUACGCAUGAUAAAUCAAUAUUAUGCGCAGUAAAGUACAGUAAAUCAUUCUUAUUGAUAAUGAAGUGAAAAUAAGUGCUUUUUGAGCUUAACACACAUGAAAAACACAAGUUUUUCCACCAUGGGUCCCAGCAUGCAGCGGGGCCUGAGCCUGGAGCUCUGCGGCAGGUAUCUGUUGAAGAAUGGCAGCUGUCGUUUCUCGUCUUUGUUCCAUUUCCUUUUUGAAUUUACUUUGUUGUUGUCUGGGGAAAGAGACAAAUACAGCAGAAUCAAAUAGAAAGCUACUGGACCAAUAAGUGUCUAUUAUAGUAAUAUUAUAUCAUUACCAAAGUGGGUAGUUAGUGAAUAGUCUGUCGAUACCUGCAGUAGAUAUGGCUAUCUUGUGGUAGGUCUAAGCGAUCAUGUCCUCGCCCUUCUCUCUGCGUUAUAUAUUGUAACACUCCCCCUCCCCAUUUCUGUAGGGCGAGUGUUGUAGCAGAUAGUUGUCUAAACAGUACUGUAUUCAUGUGAUUAUGAUGUGAACCUCCCACUUUCUCAGAGCCAUAGGAGAGAGGUCGAUGCUCCCACUCUCAAUGAGUUCUCUCCAUAAGAUCUGGGGGUUAGUUCCUCCAGUUCACUUCAGAGCAUCCUGUGGGGAUGCUUAAUGGGAUUUGACUGGUUUAAAGCUGCUUAUACAGUAGAUGUUAUUUUGCACUGUCUCACUGCGUCAUUGUUAGACCAUUUACCUAUCAGAAAUGUUCACCCGUCAAAAAUAAAGUCUCAUUACAUCCACUUAAACAACAAGUGUACCACUGAUCAGCUCUACAGUAAAGAGUCUGUUACGCACUGCUCACACACACUGCAUAAACCAGUCCUUAUCAUACUGAGUGUGUGUGUUUGUGUGUGUUGUUGCAGUCGGCUCUCAAAACUGUUGUCAGCGUCAUGAUUUCUAGAGAGCUUAAGCAGUGGUUCUUAACUUUAAGAUUUCGAAGCUACACGCCAGAAGGGUUGCAAGAUCUCUUAAAUAGGAAAACAAAUAUAUAUAUAUAUCCUCGAUAAGUCUACCAUCUGGGACUUAUUGAAGUUCUCCAAACUCAUAAGCAUAUACAAACUGCGUCACAAUACAGCCAAAAAAAACAACAAUCUUUUAUCUUCUACCCACUAACUCUAACUGAUUUGAGAAAGUUAAAACCAACUGGCUGUCAUUUAACAAAAUAUAUUAUUCCACUGAGAUAAGACGGCCAUACCAAAUAUUCCAAUAAAAAGAAAUGGUUCCUUAGUUUGGGAUUUUGUUUUUGCUGACAGGUCAACCGAUCUCUCUGUCUGCUAGCCAACUGGUCUCCAUCAAAAUGACAUUCCAAUACAACAAAAGAGCAUUGUCAAAGUCGAUUGAUUAGGAGAAACACAUUUUCUCCUGGGCUACGUUAUCCAUAGGGUUGAUGGAUGGGUCAAAGAAACACAGGACUUUAAUCAUGUUCGCUAAAAAUCCGUCUUAUUUUGAUUUACGUCUGAAACGCCCUUCAUGUCUGACGAGUUUACUGUAUGUUCUCUGCCAUCUUGUGGUGUUUCGUUGUGUGCAGUACAAAAGAAGCACAGUUUAGUCUGAUAAGCAAUAAACCUGGAUGACCAAUCAGAUCAGCCCGUCAACGGGAUUGGACGGUCCUUGCAGAAGGGGACCUGUAUGAAAACUCUGGAUGGGUCCCAUCACUGUCCAGUCCCUGGGUGAUAGAUAUAUUCAUUAAUGUCCUCCAGGUUUAUUUCCAGUGUGUUUACAUUUUCUGGUGCCUACAGUAAACAGAACAGUGGUUUCCUCGCAUUUAAAAAAAAAUCCAGGAAUUAUUGUUCACUUUGUCCGGUGACUCUUUCAAUUGUAAAAUGUUUAUCUUCAUGGAGACGUUUUUGUUUGCUCCUUCUUUUCUGUUGCAAGUUUUACAACAGGGUCAUUUGAAAUAAAUGCUGUUGA